AUGAACGCGGUCAGUGAUGAGGUGUUGUACGUGUUCAUGCAGGUCAACGACGUGGUCGUGUCCGCCAUCAUCGGGUUCCUGGGCAUCGUGUUCAACCUCAUCAACAUCGCCGUCUUCGUCACACUCGGCCUGUCCGACACAACCAACAUCUCACUGCUGGGCCUGGCCGUGGCGGAUAUCGGGGUUUCCCUGACGAUGUUCGGAUACGGCGUGGUCAACAACCCGCUCGUCCUGGCGGCCGCGCCACACGUGGACAUCAUAGACGCUGUCAACUAUGUGGUCCUGGGCGCGCCGCACGUCAUGUUUAGCAGGAUAGCUGGUUGCCUGACGGCUUUCGUCACCGUCGAACGAUUCCUGUGCAUUUCCCUGCCGCUGCACGUCAAGACCAUCGUCACGAGACGGAGGAUCAGCUUAGCCGUCGGCGGCGUCUACGUCUUGAUGGUGGUCAGCACGGUGCCGACGUUCAUCGCAAACCAGAUCGGACCAAGGUUCAACUCGAGGCUCAACCUGACGACGGACGGGCUGGUCCUGUCCUGGAAUUCUGACCAGCUCGAGAGCGUCACCCUGCUGGUCAACAUAGUCGUUCAGAUGACGUCGUUUUGUGUCGUCAUCGUGUCCACGUUGGGUCUGAUCCGGUCACUGGUCAGGAUGUCCCAGUGGAGAUCGGCGUCCUCGUCCACCCCGGAUACCAAAGUGUCUUCUCGUGACAAGCAAUUGGUCAAGAUGGUCUUGACCAUCGCCGUCGUGUUCAUCGCCUGCUCCCUACCCAUAGUUGUCGGUAACCUUGUCAUGGUGUUCGUUAAAGAUUUCAGCGUCAAGGGAAAUACCAGGAAUCUGUUCAUCCUGGUUAUCGCUCUUUUGUUCCUCAUGGACUCGAUAAACUCCACGGUAAAUAUCUUUAUGUACUUGAAAAUGAGUUCAAGGUUCAGGGAAACGUUUUUGUCAUUUUUUUCAAAGCAGGCACAAUAA